AUGUCUUCAUUCUUCUUCUCAGCCCCAGUGGACAUCGAUAUUGUCCUCGAAGAUGCCGAUGAACGUCAGACGGUCGAUGUCAAGCUCGACAAAAACCGGCGGGAAAAGGCUCCCCUAUAUCUCGAUGGCGAAUCCGUGAAAGGCGCAGUCACAAUCAGACCAAAAGAUGGAAAGCGACUGGAACACACUGGCAUCAAAGUGCAAUUUAUUGGAUUGAUUGAAAUGUUCUUCGAUCGCGGAAACCAUUAUGAAUUCCUCUCUCUUGGGCAAGAACUGGCCGCGCCGGGCGAAUUGCAACACCCUCAAACAUUCCCAUUUAACUUCAAGAACGUGGAAAAACAGUACGAGUCAUAUAAUGGUAUCAACGUCAAAUUACGCUAUUUCGUCCGCGUCACCGUAUCGAGAAGGAUGGCCGAUGUGAUCCGGGAGAAGGACAUCUGGGUCUAUUCGUACCGGAUACCACCCGAGACCAACAGUUCGAUUAAGAUGGACGUCGGUAUUGAGGACUGCUUACAUAUCGAGUUCGAAUACUCAAAGAGCAAAUACCACCUGAAAGACGUCAUCGUCGGUCGGAUAUACUUCCUCUUGGUUAGAUUGAAAAUCAAACACAUGGAAUUGUCGAUUAUCCGGAGAGAGACGACCGGUGUUGCACCCAAUCAGUACAACGAGAGCGAAACCUUGGUGAGAUUCGAGAUUAUGGACGGCUCUCCAUCACGAGGCGAGACAAUCCCUAUUCGACUGUUUCUGGGGGGCUUCGACUUGACCCCGACUUUCCGCGAAGUGAACAAGAAAUAUUCCACCCGAUACUACCUCAGCCUUGUAUUGAUUGACGAAGACGCCCGCCGCUACUUCAAGCAGUCGGAAAUCGUCCUGUACCGACAAGCGCCCGAGCUGCCCCCACCCAUGGCUACUGACAACCCUAGCGUUGGUGGGAAGCAACCUGUCCAGUUGCCGCCGGCACCUGCCUGA